GACUUCGGGACUUCAAAGAUAUUUUGCAAAGAGACAAAACCCCCAGCAGCACGCAGCAAAUCCAGAGACAGCCUGGAGACGAUUUCCUCAACCUCAAGUUCCUCAACUUCGCCCUCCCAGUCGUCGGUGAGCAGCAGCAGCAGCAGCAGCAGCAGCAGCAGCAGCGAAGGGAUAGCGACAGUGCAGUGUCUGUGCAGCAGCAGCACCACUGCAACAGCAGCAGCACGGUGGCGACAACACUGCAGCAGCAGCAGCACGGCAGCAGCAGCAGCGGCAGCGUAG